AUUGAGAUAUUCCCACAGACCAACGCAAAACCAGGAACGUGGAUCGCUUUGACUGUACCAAAGAGAACAAGGAAGCAACAUGUGCCGAUAACUAUACAAGUAAUAUGAUCACAGCAAUAUAGAGAGGAAAUAGAGAAAAUAGUAAUUGUACUGGAUAUUUAAAAUACUGCGGUUAUUAUACAGAAACUAUGAAGAGAGAGGUAAACGCCGGGGUGAAUUUCCUGAGAAGCCUAGCCGUGGAGCGGGGUGGCUUAGAUGGAACCAAAGCUGACGCUUUUGCUGGAAAGCUGCGGCAACUUCUGUGCGACAAAUUCAAAGACCACUGGUACCCCGACAACCCCAACAAAGGACAGGCAUUCAGGUGCAUCAGGGUAAGCGAGGGGGUGGUGUGUGAUGAGGAGGUGCUGAGAGCGUGUGAGGAGAGCAAGCUCAAACCCAGCGAGCUGGGCCUCCCAUGCGAGAUUGCGCUGUGGAUCGACCCACUGGAGGUGUGCGCACGGUCAGGGGAGAACUGCAGAUACUUUACAGUAGCUCGUUUCAAAGAAGGAGAAGAGGAGGAUGAGGAAGAUGUGAAAGGAGACAAAGAUGUUGACCUGGAUACGUCCGACUACCACUCUGCCAGCUCGUCUGACUGUGGCUCUGCUGUCUCCAGCGAUACAGAGGAGGAGGGGAAGGAUGGAGAGACGGACGGAAGAAAAGAUGAGAAGACGAAAGAGAAAGAGGGAAAGAAAGAGAAGGAGAAGGCGGGGGGCGGACCUUGUGUGAUUGCCAUGAUGCCCAGGGUUCGGAACAGGUUCAGGGUGGAGCAUGCUAAACAGAAGGUCACCAAAACACUGCUCCAGCCUACCUCUCAGCAUUACUUCUACCACCCUGCCCCUGUAUGGCCCACAACAUACAAGAAGAAGGGUCCUGUGUUCCUCACCACAAUAUACGCGCCUCCACCUCCUCCAGUGUUCGGCUACUACGUCCUGCCCCAGCCACCCCCGCAGUUCAUCAUGCCUUAUGCCACUCUGCAGCCAUGGGGGGCUGUGAAGAACUAAACCAACUGAAAUCUUUAGUCUGCUUUAGGCCAGAUUGAAGAACAAUCUGUCCUUAAUGGCAAUGUACUCUUAUAAUUUCCACCCGGCACAGCCAGAAGAGGACUGGCCACCCCUCAGAGCCUGGUUCCUCUCUAGGUUUCUUCCUAGGUUCCUGCCGUUCUAGGGAGUUUUUCCUAGGCACCGUGCUGCAUUGAUUGCUGUUAGAGGUUUUAGGUUGUGUUUCUGUAUAGCACUUUGUGACAUCUGCUGAUGUAAAAAGGGCUUUAUAAAUACAUGUGAUUUGAGUGAUUGCUGAGAUAAAAUGGGUCUGAACUGAACUGUAUUCACUCUUGUAUAAUCAGUCUUCCAUGGAUUUACUGUAAAUAGUUUUAUAUACUGGAAAUAAAAAAUGCUUGGGUGAUCCAAAUGUUUAGCUUUAAUAUGAAUAGAUGUUUUCAUAACUUAAUACUUAUAUUCUCUAUUUUUAUYCUGGCUUUUAUUGGCCCAUUGAUCUGCUCUGGAUGCAUAUUUAUUAAAUUUUAUUAAUUGCCUUUUCACUUGUUCUGAGUACAGAGCAGUACUCUGUUCACACAAUUCUUACUGUAUCUGAUAGACAAUUGUCCAUGCUAAUGUCUAUGUUAAGCUGUGUUAGUUUUUAUACUAAUCAUCUCUCUGUCUUGUCAGCACAUAACAUUAAAUCAACCGAUUUAUAAAAUCAAA